CUGUAAAGCAGUCCCUGCAGACAGACCCAUCCCAAUCAUGAGUGACGACUGGGACCUCUGGGAAGACUAAACCUUAACCCUCUUGUGCAUCACAACCCUCAACCCAAUUCCAAAGAUAUACUGAGAAUGCUGCAGUAAUGGGUUGGCCUCCAGCUGUUGUCAUCGUCGUCAGGUGUGUUACAUCCCCUUUUCUCCGUUGCGGGUGCUUUCCCAACCUUCUGUUUCGAGUUUACUAUUGACAAAGUAUCAGACCCGGACGACAUCACCCGGUUCAAAAUGGCGAUACUAUACUAAUACUAUAUCUAGACAUGGCGCUCGCCUCGAUGCUGCCGAUAAACAAUGGCAUCUUACAUCUCCCACUCCCUACGAUCCGCCUCUAACUUAUGGUGGGUGGACGCAGUCGCGGUCUUUGGGUCAACGGAUCGCCAAUAUACUCCGCACGAGGGAGACGGACGAUGAGGUAUUACUCUUGGAUGACGCAGAAGGAGAAGGUGGGAAGAGAAGGAAACGAAGACACAAGGUCAUAAUUCACACCUCGCCAUUCCAACGAUGUGUGCAGACCGCUACGGCCAUUAGCGCAGGUCUGGCACAGAAUCCAGGCCAUACGAACCAGCGACCCUUCUCCUCUCAUUCAGGCAGAGGCUCGUCUUCUCCCAUGCACUCUUCUCCUAGAAUACGACCUACAAUAGCUACUGGCUCUCCUUCGUUGACUCCUAUUCUGGAGCCUGCAAACAUCCACGGAAAAGCCCGGGAAAUACCGGAAAAUAUCAAGAAAUCAAUCAUUCGAGUUGAUGCAUUCUUGGGCGAGUGGUUGACUCCAGAAUACUUUGAACUUAUCACUCCACCUCCUAGCUCGCCCAUGAUGGUGGCCGGGGCCAAAGCAGAUUUACUUCGUAGAGAAGACUAUAAAAAUCUCAUAAGUAGCCGGGAUUUUGCUGGAGGCACUGCACAUAGUGGACAUCAGAAGCCAUUCCCUGGUGGAUGGGGCAGUCCCACUGUCAGUGCAGAGGAGGAUAGGGAUGAAUCUCCUUUAGGCAACAUGUCUGCACUUGGACAAGCACUCAGGAAUCGAGACCGAACUAGCAGUUUGAGCAGUGUGGGAACAAAUGGAAGCCACAAGAGGGGGAGGAGCAAGUCACCAUUACCGGCACCAAAUACAUCAGAUCAUGGUAUUUACCAACCUCCGAUACCUAGUUAUGCAAUUUCACUCUCCGACCCAAUUCCUGCUGGAUAUGUAUCCCAUGCUAGAGAUGCAUGUGUUGAUGUUGACUAUCAAUGGGACAGCAUGCGUGAACCACAACUGUGGGGUAGUGGUGGUGAGUAUGGUGAAGAAUGGAGUUCGAUGCACAAACGUUUUCGAAAAGGAAUACAGCACAUGAUCGAUUGGUAUCAGAGCGAUGAUGACCCGGGAAAGCUCUUAACAAAGGUUCCCCCCAGCCCUGCUGUCGUGAACAUUCCGGGCGUGGUCGAUGAAAAUCAAGAAGAUGAGGACACCGACUUGGUUCUAAUUCUGGUUACGCAUGGUGCUGGAUGUAAUGCUUUAAUUGGAGCUUUGACAAACCAACCUGUUCUCCUCGAUGUUGGCAUGGCCUCAUUGACAAUGGCAGUUAGGAAGCCCAGUCCUAAAAGCUCACCAUCCACCACCCCUGCCCCCACAUCAAGUUCACAUUCAAGAAACCCAUCAAAAAAUAUACUCAUCUCAGAAGAGUACGAAGUCAAACUCGUGGCCAAUACCGAACAUCUUCGUUCUGUCAGUACAGCAUCAACCCCAACUCCUUCAAGAAAUCCAUCCAUCAUAGGAGGUUCCUUUCGAGAAAGAUUCGGUAGCUAUUCUGGCUCUUUUGAAGCUAACAAAUCAGUGCGGCCCAUCACCUCAGGCUCGCUUGGCUCAAUGCGUCGUACGGCAAGUGUGGCAAGCUCAGCCCCUCGUAGUUAUGUCCCAGCGCGCCAGAGCUCUAUCGGAUUAUGGAGUGCAGCACCGCCCGAGGACGACCCUACCGAUGAGCCCGGAGAUGAUAUGAUUCUCAAUUUCGGAGACGACGGUGCGGCAGAUAGUAAAGCUAAAGAAGAGACAAAACCGGGAUCCGUCUUCUCAGAAGAGGACGAGGAUAAGGAGGAGACGGGAGAAAAAGAUGAUGUCGCUCCUUUGCCUGCUACUGGUGGACUUUGGGGUAGUCCUAUCCCCUCUAGCUUUCCGGAGAGAAUGAGGGAGGUUGCUCCGAAGAGGAGAUGGACGGUCAAUGAGAGGAGUUGAGCGGGGGGGAAAAGCGACGGUGUGACCUGAAAUACAGUACUUUAAAUCUUCAUCAUAUGGGCGAUAGGCAUUCAUCUUAUGGACACACCCCUUGGAGGUGAUAUCAUCUCUCCUCGUCGGUGAUGUGGGAUAGGCAUACCUUGGGAUUUUGAGGCAUGGCAUGGAUUAUGGAUUUGGGUUUGGUUCAUUUAUGUAACAGAUAGACAGACCUUCCUGAGGAUGAAAAAUGAAAAAUGAAAGAUUAUG